AUGGAAACUCUCGAACAAACUUACGUAGCGUGGCGUGGAAAAUAUUUGCGCACGUACCAAGAUGGCUUUUAUAUUUACUACAAGGAACCAAGCGAGAAUGUACCCGAGAUGACAUGUUCCGAAGCUCACGGCUACGGCAUGCUCAUAUCGGUGCUCAAACGCAACCAGAUGGACUUUGAUGGUCUUUGUCGCUAUUAUUUACGUUGGCGCAAUCACAAAGGAUUAAUGCAAUGGCAACAAAAAUCCACUCGUUCUGGCGAGUUUGUUCCUGGUGAUGAAGGUGGUCAAAAUUGUGCAACCGAUGGCGAUGUGGAUAUUGCUACUGCUCUCUUUCUUGCAGCCAAAGUGUGGGGUCGAGGAGGUGCACAAGGCGAGCUUGAUUAUCGUGCAAUGGCAACUGAACUAGCAGCAGCCGUGUGGCAACAUUGCAUUAACCACGAAACAUACAUGCCCCUGAUUGGUGAUUGGGCAGAUCCUGGAGACGAUGCGUAUCUAUUGACACGACCCAGUGAUUUCAUUUUAAGUGGUUUCCUUGUCUUUUAUCAGGAAGAUUCAGCACGACAACAACAAUGGGCCAAUGUCAUGAAUGCUAUUAUCAAUACCACUCAGGGCCAGCUUAGCAUGAAUCCCCAAACUGGCCUUAUUGCCGAUUUCUUAAAGAUGGAUCCUAACAGCAAAUUGUAUUACCCAGCACGUGGUGAAGUCUUGGAAAGUGAACAUGAUGGUGAUUGGAAUUGGAAUUCAUGCCGUGUGCCUUGGCGUCUAGGUCAUUAUUACAUGCUCACACGGGAUGAUCGUAUUCGAGGUGUACUCGAGACACAAGCCCAAUUCUUUGCCGGUCAAUUAGCACAACGAGGUGUUUGCGGUGAUGGUGAUUGUGGUGUUCGUGCUGGAUAUCAUUUGAAUGGCCAAUGCUAUGCUGACUAUACCGACAUGGCAUUUGUUGCACCUGUCAGCUUUUUGUUUUGGGUGCUUGGUUGGCAAAACCAGCUUGGCCAUGUGCUCCAGGAUAUGAAUGGCAUUCAAGAACGCACCUAUUUUGGAGAAAGCAUUGCCAUGAUGUGUGUCUUGAUGGCCACAGUCCCUUAUUAA